AUGGGUUGCGGUCAGAGUUCAGAGUCCAAGGAGGGCAAGCAACGCAAUGAAGAGAUUGAGAAUCAGUUGAAGAGGGACAAGAUGAAUCUCCGGAAUGAGAUCAAGAUGCUGCUAUUGGGUGCAGGAGAAUCGGGCAAAUCAACGAUACUCAAACAGAUGAAGCUCAUUCACGAGGGUGGAUACUCGCGUGACGAACGAGAGAGCUUCCGCGAGAUCAUCUUUUCCAAUACUGUGCAAUCCAUGCGCGUCAUACUAGAGGCCAUGGAGAGCUUAGAAUUGCCAUUGGAUGAUCAGCGAGCCGAGUACCACGUACAGACCAUCUUCAUGCAACCGGCGCAAAUUGAAGGCGAUGUUCUCCCACCGGAGGUCGGUCAAGCCAUCAAGACUCUGUGGUCAGACGCUGGCGUCCAGGCUGCUUUUCAGCGAAGCCGAGAAUAUCAACUCAACGACAGUGCGAAAUACUACUUCGACUCGAUCGACACCAUUGCCUCGCCGACAUACAUUCCUUCCGACGCCGACGUCCUUCGCUCCCGUGUCAAGACGACUGGAAUCACAGAGACGACUUUCAUCAUUGGAGAUUUGACAUAUCGCAUGUUUGACGUCGGUGGACAAAGAUCCGAGCGAAAGAAGUGGAUACACUGCUUUGAGAAUGUCACAACGAUUCUCUUCCUGGUGGCCAUUUCCGAAUAUGACCAACUUCUGUUCGAGGAUGAGACUGUGAACCGGAUGCAGGAAGCCUUGACUCUGUUCGACUCCAUUUGCAACAGCCGAUGGUUCACCAAGACCAGCAUCAUUCUCUUCCUGAACAAGAUCGAUCGAUUCAAGGAAAAGCUACCGGUGUCUCCGAUGAAGAACUACUUCCCAGACUACGAAGGUGGACAGGACUAUGGCGCGGCCUGCGACUACAUUUUGAACCGAUUCGUAUCACUCAACCAACACCCAACGAAGCAAAUUUACACCCACUUCACAUGUGCGACCGAUACGAUGCAAAUACGAUUCGUCAUGGCGGCAGUCAACGACAUCAUCAUUCAAGAGAACCUGCGCAUGUGCGGACUGAUAUAAUCAGCCGUGUCUUGUGAAUCAAUCUUGAGUGGUGGUGAGACCAUCACAGCUGAGGAGGCCGCGCACUCGAGUACGCCCAGGAUCAGCACGAGCCGUGCCCAGUGUGGACUCUGUGCCAUGGAGAACUUGGUGGCCAGAUUCUUUCCCUCACACAACACUCACGCAAAUACACAAAUACACAAAGUCCUCCGCACUCCAAUGGGACCC